UUUAAGUGAAUGUUUUGCCAUAGCUUCACGGUGUGUCCACAGCCAACCCACCCUAGAUGCAUGUUUCAGAUGUCGCAGUUCACCGUUCACUGGAAAAUGAGUCCUUCAAAUGAAAGGAUCGACAGAUUUGCGGUAUGGCAAUAUUAAAAACAGUAUUUAGCCUCACUCUCCUUCUGGUGAUUGGGAAUAUUUUUGGGACAGAAGGAUUAGACAGCCAUGACAACUUAUCUCAGGUAACACACACAGAUGUUUACGUGCCACUGGACCACCUUAGGCUAAAAAGAGAAACAUUACGAGGGUUCGAGGACUACAUUAUUGAAAUCGAACUCAGCGUCUCCAGCAUCUCAGUGGUGGAAGAGCUGAAGACAGUGUUGAAUUCCGUUGGAUUUCCUCUCCGAAUUGAAGGCGCAGUUAAUAUAACUGACGUUAACAUUAGCACAGUGUGCUCCCCAGUUGAUUCUGGUUUCCAGUGCAAAUGUGAGGAAGAGUUUUCCUGGUCACUGGAGAGCUGCAGAAAGUAUAGCAACUGUAGCGCCAUCACUGCUAACACAUGUGGAUGCAUCAACGCCAUUCCCCCCAAUGGACCAUUCUGUGAACUAAACCCAGCACCUCAACUCACACCGGUUGAGUACAUUAUAGAAAUCGAAGUCAAUGUUUCUGACAUUGCAGUGGUGAAUCAACUGAAGUCCCUUUUAGACAGCAUCAAUUUUCCUUUUCAACUCGACCACAUGAUUGAAAUCACUGCCGUAAAUCUUACGACAGUUUGCUCCAAAUGUGGAUGCGUCAAUGCCAUUACACCCGAUGGGACAUUUUGUCCACCAGUCACCACUCCUUCUCCCACUCUACCAACAAACACAACUCCUUCAUUGAAUGUAUCAACAACACAAGAGCCAAACACCACUGCUUCAUUCAAUGAAUCAACAACACAAGAGUCAAACACAACGUCUUCAUUCAAUGAAUCAACAACACAAGAGCCAAACACAACGUCUUCAUCCAAUGUAUCGACAACACAACAGCCAAACACCACUGCUUCAUUCAAUGAAUCAACAACACAACAGCAAAACACAACUUCUUUAUCCAAUGUAUCGACAACACAACAGCCAAACACCACUGCUUCAUUCAAUGAAAUAACAACGCAAGUGUCAAACACAACUUCUUUAUCCAAUGUAUCGACAAGACAAGAGCCAAACACAACGUCUUCAUCCAAUGUAUCGACAACACAACAGCCAAACACAACUACUUCAUCUAACGUAUCAACAACACGAGAGCCAAAAAAACCAGAGCCCAACACACCGUCCGCAACACUUGCCGUUACCAGUGGAAUGUUGACCACAGCAACAGCAAAAACAGCAAAAUUUGGCCUGCAGAUGUCAUUUAGGAUUGUUGACAGGACGUUUGAUGACAGUUUGUCUGACACUUCUUCUCAAGAAUAUAUGAAACUGGAAAUUAUCGUCAGAAAUGCUAUUGAUAAAAACUACAUGAAGACCGUUGAAGAAUACAUUGGAGUAUCAGACAUUCGCUUUUCGAAUGGCAGUGUGAUUACAAAAUAUACAGUGAGGACAAACAAAGUCAGCUCCUCUGACAUUGAGAAGGCAAAUCAAGCCAUUGUAGAAACACUUCAACACCAGAGCUAUAACGUGGACCCCAAGUCCUUCACAGCAGCUCUCAUAGAAGACACGUUUGCGGGUUUGCCUCCGGUGUUCGCCGGAGACGACAUGUCCCUGCGUUGCGAUCCGCAAGUGGACACUCUGGGAAACCCUGUGACCUGGAGGGUGAAGGGCCAGAAUGUCACAAACAAUUCAAAGUAUAUAAUCAACAAGGAGCAAUCCAGUCUCACAGUGAAGAACCUCGUUAGAUCUGAAAGUGGAAUAUAUAAAUGCUCUGUGAACACUGGCGUUGUGGAGUUCAUCCGAAGCCAGGACAUUACAGUGCUGCCUGCACCCACGGUGUUUGUGGAGAAGCAAGUAAUCAACAGCCACUGCAAUACAGCGGUCAAGUUGACGUGCUGUGGACAAGCACGCAACUUCCUUCUAGAGUGGAUCGAUAAACAAAGUGGUAAAACACUGAGCUCACAGGGUUUCAGUGAAGAUAACUGUACUACGAUGGACAGGAGAUGCCAAAACGUGGAAACCCGAGUGUUCAUUUGCAAAAUGACAUUCAGAAGCAAGGCUUUCACACAGGAAGCUACCUUGCGCUUUUUUGAAGACGGUGUGAUAUUUUCUUGUGACGACGGCGUGUACGGCCUUGGAAGAGAAAAUGACAUCGCUGUCGUGGGCUGCUCAAGGGGUGCAGAAGGCAGCAGGGCUGCACGAUGUGAGAGGGGCAAAUGGACGUUCGUGAACAACACCUGCCUCUUACCAGAAAUUAAGGAGCUACAGUUUAAAUCACUGGUUUUGGAUCAAGAAGGCGUUGAUGCUUUUGUACAGGAACUCCGAAACAUCACCAGUUUGUCAAAAGAUGAAGUAGCCAUUUCAACUGCGAAUAUUUUAACCGUUGUGAACAUACUGAACAAUGUUAUUAAUGUUAUAAAUGGAAAUGAUGUCAGCAGUACUGUGGUUGAGAAUUUUCUGCAAACUGUGGAUAUUUUAGUUUCAACAGAAACCGAAGGAACCUGGGGCUUACUAAAUGAAGGCAACUCCACCAACAGGACUGGCUCAGAUUUACUGAAUUCAGUAGAGGAAAUCGCGAAGGUCAUCAGAAACACUUCCGUCAGCAUUACGACAUCCACAAUGCAGUUAAACAAAACAAUAUUUUUUGACGAAUUCAACAUAUCCUUUUUAAAUUCAACUGAUGAGAUAAUCGUGUUCGGAUCGAUGCCUAGCUUCCAAACUGAAAUUACUACUGUACACUUUCGCACCCUGGACAUAGUUUUACCGCCACGGAACCUCACCAGUUCGAAUAACACGAUUAACAGUGCCGUCUUAUUAGCCUACACUAACAGCACGAUUACUAACAUCACUCUGACGUUCCAAAUAAGAAACACAACACUGGGCAAUCCACAGUGUGUCUUCUGGAACUUCACAGAAACAGCCUGGGACUCAUCGGGGUGCGAGGUUAAAAAUGUCGGGAACGAGAACAUAACGUGCGUCUGUAACCACCUGACCUCCUUCUCCAUAUUGAUGUCACCUUUCAUCCCCGAAGCAAUCAGACUCCUUUUGGAUUUCAUCACCUACAUUGGAGUGGGCAUAUCAAUGGGCAGCCUGGUCCUGUGCCUCAUCAUUGAAGCCAUCGUUUGGACCGCCGUCACCAGAAACAACAUAUCGUACAUGCGGCACGUCACCAUCGUCAACAUCGCUGUGUCCCUGCUGAUCGCAAACAUAUGGUUCAUCAUCGGGGCGGCCAUAUCGGAUAUUGAUGAGAAGACGCCAGUCGGACCCUGCAGUGCUGCAACUUUUUUCAUCCACUUCUUUUACCUGGCCUUGUUCUUUUGGAUGUUGAUUUCAGGUGUCCUGCUUUUUUACCACAUGGUCAUGGUCUUCUCUCACAUGUCCAAGAGGGUGAUGAUGGCCAUCAGCUUCACGGUAGGCUAUGGCGCCCCCCUAAUCAUUGCCGUCGUCACGGUGGCAGUCACAGCUCCACAGAACGGAUACUUUCGGCAAGAUGAUGCUUGCUGGCUCAACUGGUUUCAGACAAAGGCUCUCCUUGCUUUUGUGAUUCCUGCCCUGGCCAUAGUGGCCAUAAAUUUCAUCAUCCUGAUUGUGGUACUGUAUAAAUUGAUAAGGAGGGGAGUUGGAGAGAACCAGACAGACGAGAGAAACGCUUUGGUGGUCAUCGCAAGGUGUGUCGCUGUCCUCACCCCUUUCUUUGGGCUCACGUGGGGAUUCGGAAUAGGAGUCAUGGUCGCACCAGAAAGUGUUGGCCUCCACAUUGUGUUCGCCGUUCUCAAUUCAUUACAGGGUUUCUUUGUCUUAGUGUUUGGAACACUGUUAGACAGCAGGAUACGAGCAGCAUUAGCAGGGAGGUUUUCAUUCAUACACACAAGCUCCAACCGCACAAGGAGCACAAGUGGAGGUCCCUCUUCUUCAAGUGGAUUGGGUCUGUUUCGAAGACGGCGCAGAAGAGAUACAUACCAUGUCUCAGAAGUCGCAUCAUCAAGCCAGUCAACCGCUGCUUCAGAAUCUUUCCUCAAUACUUAAUGCUGUUCAGCAUGGCUGUCUAUGUUGUUAUAUAAUAAUAUACCCAUCAAGAUCAUGGAUGUACAAAUGGCUAAAUGUCAAUGCAUUUUAUUAGUUUAAAAAGCGCAGCCUUUUUUAUGGAUAUACUUCUUCACGUUCUUCUCAUUUUGUAAACAUUAUCUUGUCCUUCAGUUUUUGUACUACCGAUACAAAAUACAUAAUUGUUGAAUAAUAGCACUAUAUGUGCUAUUCAAAACUUUCAUGAUAAUAAUCACAGUAAUUAUUAUUUAUCAAAAAUGAAAUAUUACCACUGAAAAUGAAUUGUGCACUUCAAUUUCACUUUAAUUACCCCAACACGUCUUUGCUGCUUGACCAUUUCACUUGCCAAUCAGGAUGAUUUAGUACAUGUGAUGAUACUUGCGCCAAUAGAGACAUGGAAAAAACAAGGACACACAGUGUCAUUGAUGCAAAGCAUCCUUUAAGCUACUCGAGUGCUGAUAGCCAGGUCCGUGAGGUGCUUCACAUCGAGAAAAAAAACAAACAUUUUUUUUUAACUAUCAAUCCCUUUUCCAGUUGAUUCUAAUCCCAGUGCAGUCUAGUAGUAAAUCAAAGUUCCUCUCUUAAUUUUUUCAAAUGACAUUUGAGCAUGUUCUGUGAAUGUAAGGUGAUUUGCACACCUUACAUUCUUUUUUACAUGAAAUCCAUGUAACUGCUGUAUGUUUAAAAGCAUAUUUGAACCAAUUCAGGUAAAGUAUUUAAAUCAAACCUACAACCUUGGUGUUCCCCAGUUCACCAACCCUGCCACCCAUGAUAUUAAUCUAAUAAAAUUCAUAUCAGCUCCUGCACCUUUCAGAACACUUAAUACCUAAUACCUAAUUCUUCCUGCUAAAUUGCUUUUGUGUUGCUGUUGUUUUAUAGUCCAUUUUGUACCCUGUUUCUCUUCAUGUGACGUGCAGUGAUCUCCAUGGGGGGCUAUGCGUAAAAGGUGCUGUAAUUUAUACAUGGUGAAACCAAAAUAUGUAAAAAUAUCCUUUAAUAAAAGCUGAGAAUCUGUACUUUAACCACAUUAACUGUUAUUUUGCAAAUCCAAAAUACAGUGCAAAACCACAUCAAUUAACCAGAAAAUCAAUUGCGACUUAUGAUUUCACAAUUGUUAUGAAUGUAGGAUGCAGAAA